CUGGGUGCGUGGCUCGUGGCGCAGGGGCGGGUGUUUCCCUCUGCGCCAGUGAGAUUUGUGUGACUGAAUCCCAGCCUCGCGCCCAUGAUUGAUUAUUAUUAUAUUUGUCCUUUCCGCUGCUUGCGCUGAGGACUCUAUCCUUGCUUUGCUGCUCUGGCCGUUCACAUUUGACUACGUCCCUCUGCGUCCGGCUUUCACUGCUCCAAACUCCCAGCCAUUACCCACCGAACAACCCACGUGGUGGAAAGAUCGAUUGAAUCCAACCCUGCCCUUCCCCGUUUGCGUUCAUCAAAGUUGCGACUGCCGUUUCCACAGCCUCCCUCGACCACUUCCCCUUUCACCAGCUCUUCGUCUUUGUUCCUUUGUUCUUCUUCUUCAACAUCUUGUCGGCUCUUUUUAGCAACAUACAUCAAUCCACCACAAAACCGCUCUUGAGCAUACAUUAAUCCACCACAACACUUCCAAUCUUUACAAUGCGCUUCACCGUCUGCGCUGUCGUCGCCGCGGCUACUGCCGUCAGCGCCCAAUCCUCGACAAUCGUUCCCGCUCCCGUCGCCAGCAACAGUCCCGAGGGUGCUUCCUACGUUGCUACUCUACCGGAGAAGGGCACAGUUCGCGGCUCCAUCACUGGUAUCUCGGGUCCGAAUGGCGAGGGCACCAAGUUCCAGAUCUCUGUGUCGGGGCUUCCUGCAGAGGGCGGUCCUUUCAUGUACCACAUCCACGAGAAGCCCGUGCCUGCCAACGGCAACUGCUCUGGCACAGGUGCGCACCUGGACCCCUACAAACGUGGCGAAGUUCCCCCUUGCGAUCCGCAGAAGAAGGAGACGUGCCAGACGGGCGAUCUCAGCGGCAAAUUUAGGAACCUGACCGGUCCCGCCGACAGCGAUUCUCCAUCGUCAUCCAUCUGUCCAACAAGACGCGCAUCUCGUGCGCCAACUUCACGCUGCAGAACGGCGGCAUUGCCCUUCCCUCGUCGGCUGUCCCGUCGAGCGGCUACGCCCUGCCUACCGGUAUCAGCGGCAACCACUCUGCCCAUCAGCCCUCCGGCACAGGCUCUAGCCAUGCUUUCACUUCUGCGCCACCCACGCAGCCGCCCACUCCUCAGCCUUCCAGCGGCGCUGCUAGGUUGGUGGUCGCGGGUGCCGGUGCCCUCGCUGGAGCCGUUGCCAUGAUGUUGUGAGCAGCUCUGGCUUGCAUAGUGCACGUGUUGGCGGCAGGUUUUGAAGGAACACAUUUGGCGGUGGUAAUGGCUGACGAAUGGCAUCAAUUGCAUAGAGUCGUGAUGAUGAAUGCGGAUACCGUAAUGGGGUGGCCUUCCUUUCUGCUAGGCGCCUGGUAUAUGUUCUCUUCUUCCAGCUUUAAUGAUUCUUGGCUUACCGGGCAAUGCGUUUGCGAAGGGGUAAUGCAAUGCAGUGUAGAUACCAAUAAAAU